AGACAUUUCAUUUAUUUUCAGUCCAAAAAAAGUAAAGUUCGUGAAAAGGUCGUGUGUGCUCUUCUAUUGCGCUACUAGCUUUUAACAAUUUUUAACUUAAAAUUAGAAAAGCUGUGAGUGGUGGUGUGCGUGUGUGUGCUAUUUCGUUUCUUUGCAAAAAUUUCAAGACGAACAAGAGCAGCAAACAGCGACAGAAAAUGCAUUUAUUUUGAAGAUUUAUAAAUUAUGCGAAAUUUUCAUAAAUAGUGUUGGAAAUACGAAUAUUAACCGCAAAAUACAGAAAACAUAUUAACAAAGUUUUGCAAACAAAUUUUGUGUGAAAAAGCCUACAAACGACGCUGCUGUGCUGUUGGGAAGACGAAAGCAAAGCUAGCAAGAAUUCAUUGAACACCAGCAAGUAAAGAAGGGAGCAGCAGGCGAACAUAAGUGUUGUAAUGGGCAAGCAAAAAAUUUAUUGCGCCAAAUGCGAUAAAAAAUGUUCGGGCGAGGUGUUACGUGUUGCCGAUAAGCAUUUCCACAAGGCCUGCUUUCAGUGCUGCCAAUGUAAGAAGUCACUAGCCUCCGGUGGUUUCUUUACCAAAGAUGGUGCUUACUAUUGUAUACCAGACUAUCAGCGUUUGUAUGGAACGAAGUGUGCUGCCUGUUCGCAAUAUGUCGAGGGCGAAGUGGUCUCAACAAUGGGUAAAACCUAUCACCAAAAGUGUUUCACAUGUUCCAAAUGCAAACAGCCCUUCAAGUCGGGCAGUAAGGUAACUAAUACAGGAAAAGAGGUGCUCUGCGAAUCAUGUGUCUCCGGAGGUACUGGUGCUGCCACAUCACCCACACGCCAAGUUAGCGGCAAGGAUGGCACAACCUCUCCACCACCUGUUGUCGAGUCACCGACCAGGGCAACCGCCCACCAACAAAUGACCAGUGGUGUUGUAUCAGAUAAAGCGCAUUUGAAGGAGGACUACGAUCCAAAUGACUGCGCCGGCUGUGGUGAAAUGCUAAAAGAAGGACAAGCUCUGGUGGCUUUGGAUCGGCAAUGGCAUGUUUGGUGUUUCCGUUGUAAAUCCUGCAAGGGAGUCCUCAAUGGUGAAUACAUGGGCAAAGAUGGUGUGCCGUAUUGUGAAAAGUGCUAUCAAAAGUUAUUCGGCGUUAAGUGUGCCUACUGUAAUCGUUUCAUUAGCGGCAAGGUAUUGCAGGCCGGCGAGAAUCACCAUUUCCAUCCGACAUGUGCCCGUUGUACCAAAUGUGGUGACCCGUUCGGCGAUGGCGAAGAAAUGUAUUUGCAAGGCGGUGCCAUAUGGCAUCCACGUUGUGGUCCAGGACCAAAUGAAUCGGGUUUGAUAUUGAAUGGCUGUGGAGGUGGCGUAUCAAAUGGAAACUUUACAGACACAGAAUGCGAUCGUAUGAGUUCGAGUGCUUUAAGUGACAUGUACAUAAGAUCCCGAACGCCGAGUUUUAAUGGUUCCGUAUAUUCCUCUAGCCGCAAGCACUAUCGUACAGUGAGUCCUGGUUUGAUUCUGCGAGAAUACGGUCGCCAUGGUGGCGAGGACAUUUCUCGCAUAUACACAUACAGCUAUUUGACCGAUGCUCCCAACUAUCUACGCAAACCCAUUGAUCCCUAUGAUAAGACCCCGUUGUCGCCACACUUCCAUAGACCAUCAUCGUAUGCUACCAGCACUGCCGGUUCUGUGGCGGGUAGUAGACCACCAUCACGACCUGGCUCCCGUACACGUAGUGCUAUGAAAGUGUUGGUUGAUGCCAUACGCUCGGAAACACCACGACCAAAGAGUCCUGCCAUGAACAAUGAAGAGCCCAUAGAACUGUCACACUACCCAGCCGCUAAGAAGCCACCACCAGGUGAAAAACCCAAAAUCGAACGGGAUGAUUUCCCAGCACCACCAUAUCCUUACACAGAUCCUGAACGUAGACGUCGCUACAGCGAUUCCUACAAAGGUGUGCCCGUAUCUGAUGAUGAAGAUGAUACCGAAAAUAAAAAUGGAGAACAAGAAGAAGAUCGUUUACAACGCGAAGCCAAGGAAUUGGAAAAACUAAAUUCUGGCAUUGGGGCAGCUAUUGCUAAAGAUUUAAAAGAGACAGCUAAAUAUCGCAAAUGGAAGCAACAGAAUUUAGAUCCAAGGAAUGCAUCACGUACAGCAUCAGCAAAUAAGGAACCUUUAAAUAAAUUAAGAUACGAAUCACCAAUUGGAGCAUCACCAUCACGAAAUUUGGAUCAUCAAAAACCCUUCUACGAAGAGGAUAUGUUCGAUCGUUCAACGAGUUACCGUGGAUCCCUGGGCAAAUCAUUGGGCAAUGCACCCAGCUAUAACGUGGUAAGCUCUCUUCGUCAUGUCCCCAAACCUGGAUACGGCUUAGCUCCACGUUCCCACACUUUCAGUUCAACCACAUCAGCCGGCGCCAUGAUGCACGGCGUCACCGACUAUUCGUAUGGAGGAUUAGGUGAUAAAACGCACAGUACAGAUCUAAGUUGUGGGAAAUCAGAAGCCUCAGUCGAUUCCAUAACGGAGGGUGAUAGACGCGCUUUGAUGGGCGGUGAUUUACCCGCCUCGAGUACAUAUUCGGGUGCUUUAUCCUACCACUAUCCCCAAGCUGGUUUAAUACGCCGCAGUUUGCCAAAUAUGGCCCAUUCAAUGUUGGUGCACGAGCCUGCUAAAAUUUAUCCCUAUCACUUGUUGGUCAUCACUAAUUAUCGUUUGCCUUCGGACGUUGAUCGCUGCAAUUUGGAGCGUCAUUUGUCGGAUGUGGAGUUCGAGCACAUACUGCAGUGUACCAGAGCUGACUUCUAUAGAUUCCCACAAUGGAGAAGAAAUGAAAUGAAGCGACGAGUAAAAUUAUUCUAAAUCGUCCAUUUGCAGAACCAGUUGUAUGUGUGUAUGUAAAUACAAAAAUCAGUUUCAAGCCAAACUGUGGAAAAUGAUACCAAAAGCCGAAAAUAUAUAUUUUCCAAAAAAAAAAAAAAGAAAAAAAAAACAAAAAACCUAAAACAAAACAAAUAACAACAACAUAUAACAAAUAUAUUUGCAAAACCUCCAUUCGGAAAACCAAACCAAGUAACACAGCUUUAGCAAUGAAUAUAAUGAAGAAGACAAACGACAAACAAAUGAUGAUGAAUGAAAUGAGAAAGAAAUAAAACAGCAACACACCACCACCCAUUACGAUACAAACGAACACAGCAGCAAACCAGAGAUGAACAUUUAAAGCUAACAACAAACCCCUCCCCCUAACUUUUCACGUCACAUCGUCAUCAACCAUCACUUAUGAAUGUAUGCAGCUUUUAUUAUUAUUUUCUAAACUAUACAAACAAUGUGGCAACUAUAAAAACUAUUUCAGACUAUGCUGGUUUUAUAUCCUUCGAAUGGGGUCCGAAACCAGUUAUUUUAUUUGCCGCUGACUUUGUAGCAACGCAUGGCAUUAUUGAGAAGCUUUUUCUUUACAUAUAUAUUUUACAUACGUUAAGGACACAUGCAUAUUAUUAUUAUUAUACAACUAUUAGGUUUCUAUCAAUUUUCUUUUUUGCAAAAAAAAAAAAAAAAAAAAAAAAAUGUAUUUGAAGUGAAUUAAAGCAUUAGAUUUUAAUUUUAUAUUCUUUCAAAUACAAAAUAUUUUCCUUACAGUGGAGAUUGGAAACAGAACAUUUCCUCGUUUAAGUCCCAACUUGUCUUUACAAUUUACCGUGUUUCUAUUUUUUUUUUUGUUGUUUUUAAUUUCAAGUAAUGCCGCUUUCAAUUUUUCGUUGAUAUUCUUCGUCUAUAUGCAGCUAUUUUAUUAUUUUUUUGUAGUUUAUAUUUUGCAAAUCAUGCAUAUUUUUUGUUUUUGUUUUUAUUAUUAUUAUUAUUUGUAUUUUACAAUGAGUAGCUAUCAGAGUAAAUAUAUUUUAUAUAAAUGUCAUAUAUAAUAAAAGAUAUAUAUUUUAUUUAUUAAUAAAUAAUGCAAAAGAAAUGAAACAAACUAAAAAUCAAAUCAAGAUUAUGGAAAUUAAGGAAAGAACAAUUGAAACUUGACUACAAGUUAUAAGCUUAUAUAGUAAUAAUUGAAGAAAAUAAAUAAAAACAAAAAAAAAAAAAACAAAUUUCAAUUUCGAACGCUGAUAAUAAUCAUA